CAGUUAUAAAUUGACAAUUUCAAGUUCACGACUUCAAUUUUUCUAAUUAUUCAAAUUUAUUUAAUUAAAUUUUUUCCGGGUUUUUCAUUUCUGCAAUUUAAAAAUGAAGAGUAUUAUAGCGCCUGAGGUUGAUAUGUUGACCGUGUCAAAGAGUUCCAGAAAUCAACGAAAGUCCAUCUUAAAUUUUGCGCCCAAAAUGGACUUAGUGAACUAUAGCAAGUCGGACAAUAUUGAUAAUUUUUACCUGGAGUGUCAAAAUUUUCGAGACUACUAUCGUGACCCAUACUGUAAGCUCUCAAAACCAGAGGCGUUCAAAGUGCCCUACGGAAAAUGUGGAAGACAAAUUGAUAGGAAUAGUGUUUUGAGCUUGCCGGUAACUUGGGUUCGAGAAUACCACCCAGUAAUAUACGCUCUACAAUAUGGCCGUGAGUUACAUCUAGACGAAGGUAUUUCACUGGGUGGCCAAUAUGAUCCAACAUCUUGUAUAAAAUACAAACGUUGACUACAACAAAAUUUUAACAAAAUUGUUUGCAAAUAAUGUUUUUUAAUAAAAAAAACUCUUAUUUGAAAGCACUUAAACGCUUUCAUAAUUUAACAACUCAGAAGUUGCGAAAGGCAUGCAAAGGAUUAGUCACCACUUUGUACGUGUUUAUAUUGAUUUAGAAGUAACAGUAGUUCAGACCAGAAAGGAGUGGGACGUCACCAGUAGCUUCAAAAGUCUGCAG